AUGAAGGUCAGGCAAGUGAAGCUCCGCGAGAUCCACAAAUCGGCGAGCAGCGCAGGAAAGCCGUCGUUCUGCUCCGUCGUGUGGGACCAGCAAGGCUUCCACUCCGUGACGGCUUCCUCCUCCGACGCCUCAAUCGCCGUCCACAACGCUCUUAUCUCCUCAUGUCCGCCGAAGCUCCUCCGCAACCACCGCGACGGCGUCACCGCGCUCGCUAUGAGCCCCAACGCCACCUGCCUCGCCUCCGGCUCCGUCGACCACUCCGUCAAGCUCUACAAGUUUCCUAGUGGAGACUUUGAGACUAAUAUCACCAGAUUCACGCUGCCAAUACGUGCCCUUGCGUUUAAUAAGUCAGGGACACUCUUGGCCGCUGCUGGUGAUGAUGAGGGAAUUAAGCUUAUUAACACAGUAGAUGGUACAAUUUCGAAGGUUCUCAAAGCACACAAAGGACCUGUAACUGGUUUAGGUUUUGAUCCCCAAAGUGAAUACAUGGCCUCCAUUGAUUCAACUGGGACUGUAAUAUACUGGGAACUUCAAUCUGGAAGCAUAUUGCACACCCUUAAAGCCGUAGCUCCUAACUCUGGUUUAGACCUUUCUGUAUUGAAUGUAUUGAGCUGGAGUCCUGAUGGACGGUUGUUAGCUGUCCCGGGAGUGCGAAAUGAUGUUGUGUUGUAUGAUAAAGACACUGCUGAGAAGCUCUUUACCUUGAGAGGUGAACAUACACAACCUAUUUGUGCCUUGGCCUGGUCGCCUAAUGGAAAAUAUUUGGCUACAUCUAGUUUGGAUAAGCAGGUUCUCAUCUGGGAUGUUGAUCGAAAGCAAGAUAUUGGCAGGCAUAAAUUUGAUGAGAGGAUAACUAGCUUGGCUUGGAAGCCAAUUGACAACGUCCUAGCUGUAAUUGAUUGUAUGGGCAGGUAUGGUGUGUGGGAAGCAGUGAUUCCCUCGUCAAUGAAAUCUCCUACUGAAGAUGUUCCGAAUCAAUCUAAUAAUGGUCUUCUCUUGUUUGAUGAAGACGAAGUCGAGGGUCAGGAGAGUAGUACAUCUGGUAGUUUAAGUGAUCUUGGUGAAGAUACAUAUGAGGAGUUGAAGCCACUUAGCAGGAAAAGACUAAGCAAGCAGUCUGACGCUCUGAAAGAGUUAGAUGAGGAUGAUAAUGAUGACUUUAGUUUGUCCCCUAAAGUUGAAUCCCAUAAAAAAGCACGCCGGCAUCAUAAUAAAAGCACUGAUAAUGGGAAUGAGGGAAUAAGAAGCAGAUUGCCAUCUGCUAGGUCUAAAAUGCAGGAGGCAUUUCAGCCAGGGGCUACUCCUGUGCAGCCUGGCAAAAGGCGCUUUUUGUGCUACAACAUGCUUGGAGCUAUAACUACGAUUGAAUACGAAGGGUACUCCCAUAUUGAGAUAGAUUUUCAUGACACAAGCCGAGGUCCACGAGUUCCGUCAAUGACCGAUCAUUUUGGCUUCACAAUGGCUUCGCUGAAUGAGAAUGGUAGUGUUUUUGCAAAUCCCUCCAAGGGUGAAAAGAACAUGAGCACUCUCAUGUAUCGUCCAUUUACUAGCUGGGCAAACAAUAGCGAGUGGUCUAUGCGAUUGGAAGGGGAAGAAGUGAAGGUUGUGGCCCUUGGUACAACUUGGGUGGCAGCAGUUACCAGUCUAAACUUCAUCCGCAUCUUCACCGUUGGUGGUUUGCAGACACAUGUUCUUUCCCUUGAUGGACCAGUGGUGACUGCAUCAGGCUUCAAGGAUGAGCUUGCCAUUGUCACUCAUGCUUCAGACUGUCUUCCCUCAAAUGAGCAGGUGCUUGAAUUUAGGGUACUUAAUAUGACUAAUAGUAGCCAACCUCUUAGAGGUCGUCUGCCUCUGACUCCUGGUUCAAGUUUAACAUGGUUUGGCUUCAGUGAAGAAGGGAAAUUAAGCUCCUGUGACUCCAAGGGUGUGCUGAGAGUUUUUACAAGUGAAUAUGGUGGCAGUUGGUUCCCACUCUUCAGUGCUUGUAAAGACAAGAAGCCGGAUGAAAACUAUUGGGUGGUAGGUUUGAAUGCAAGACAACUAUUUUGUAUAGUCUGCAAAAGCCCUGACUUGUAUCCCCAGGUGGUGCCCAAACCAGUUCUCACUCUACUGAAUUUUUCGAUUCCUCUCGCAUCCUCUGAUCUAGGAGCUGAAGCCCUUGAAAAUGCGUUUAUACUAAACAACAUGCAUCUCAUAGAGAUUCAAAAGCAAAUAGAAGAAAUGGAUGCUGCUGGUUUGGACACCAGUUCACUCGAUGAUGAAGCUUUCAAAUUGGAAACAGGUCAAGAUCAAUGUAUAUUGAGGCUUAUUGGAUCCUGCUGCCAUGGAGAUAAGCUGGAGAGGGCUACUGAACUUGUGAAGCAUCUAUCCCUGGAAAAGUCAGUCAGGGGUGCAAUUAAGAUUGUUACUUCCCUGAAGCUACCUAAUUUGGCUGAAAGGUUCAAUAGCAUAUUGGAGGAAAGGUUGCUCACCGAAAAUAAACCAUUGCAAACAACUGUCCCUAACUCAAACUACAAUGCAUCAUCCUCUACCGAGAAAAGUAGGUUAUCAGGGAAUGAUAUUCCUUUACCAGCACCAAAAUUGUCGGCUCCCAUGUUUCUAAAGAAAGCCAGAACACAAGAAGCUAUUGUUGGAACGGAGAAAACACAAGAAAAGCAAACUCCCGCAGUGAAUGAUCUUGAGCAGUCGAAGACGACUGAGAGGGAAAGUGCUGCUGCAGAGGUUAAUAAUGCAGCAGGUGACAUGAACAAGGACCGCCCAUCUAAACCAUUUCUAAAGCGAACAAACAGUCAGGACAUAGAGAAGAAGGAUGAAGUAGACAAGGUUAAAGCUCACCGACCAGCUAAUCCCUUCAAGAAAUCAGUCAAGUGA